AUGGCACUGAGAAACAUUUCGAAUGCAACAAUAGUUAAAUCAAUUGUUGUUGCAGCAGUUGUUUUGGGUACUUUGAUAGGUGCCCUAGUGAUUACACUCGCUGUUACUCUAACAAUCAAGUCUGAUUUGAAUGGCCAAUUCACAGAUUAUGUUAAAGGAUACAAGAAUAGUGAUAUUGUAGUCCAACCAACAAUUUCAACAACAUCUUCCAGUUCUCCUGCUCAAUUAGACAUUUCACAACAAGGAUUAGAAAAGCCAUAUCAUGGCUCCCUCAGACUAGGUUCAAACAAUACCAUCAUCUACCACUCUGAGAAGUAUUUCUCAGGUAAUGAUACUUUUGAAUAUUAUGUUACCUAUGGCGAAAGCUCUUCUCUAAAAGUAAAGAACAGAGUAUCCAUUCUAGUUAUGAAUAGAGAUCCAAAAGCUGUACCACUCACAUUCGAAAUACCAAAGAAUUCUCAUGAUAACAUCAUUGAUAUCUUUGAAAAGAAUGAUAAGUUUGGAAUGAAGGUUACUGAUGACGAUGAUGAUAUUCUCGAGUUGGUUUCAGUAUCCACUCCAAAAUUGUCUGGCUCUGUUGUCUCCUCCAAUAGUAAGCAAAUUAUCUACACUCCAUGCACUAAUUGUAUUGGUGUAGAUUCUUUUACAUAUACUGUUACUGAUUUCAAUUCAACAGUCUCCUCCACAAUUACUAUCAACUUGGUCAAUACUCCACCAAAUGCUGUUAGAGAUGAUUUUACCAUUAGCAAGAACAAGUUGGCAACUCUCAAUGUCCUCUCCAAUGAUAUUGAUGAGAAUCUUGACGAGUUGUACAUCAUCUCUGCUGGAACUGGUGAAGGUUCUAUUGGUAGCGUUGUUGUUUCAACAGACAGAAAGUCAUUGAUCUAUUAUCCUAAAGCUGAUACUAAGCCAUACCUUGACGUUUUUAGUUAUGUCAUUACAGAUGACUUGAAUAAUCCAAAUUCAACCUCUACAGGUUCUAUCCAUGUUACAGUUACCAAUUCACCACCUAAUGCUCCUGAAACCAAACAAGUUUCAGUUUCCAAGAAUUCAGCCAACUCUACCAUUGAUCUAACCUUUACUGAUAAUGAUAUUCUUGAUACUGUGAAUGUUGAAAUAUUAUCAACACCAAAGAGAGGUUACUUUUCUUUUGUUCAACAAAAGUAUAUUGAUUCUGUUGAUUAUUUGGGUCAAAUCUAUGUAGAUGUUCUCAAGUUAAGAUAUCAAUUAUUGUACUCUCCAGAGAAAGGUGUUUCCUAUUCUGAGAGUUUCAAUGUAAAGGUAACAGAUGGCUACUCAAGUUUGAUUACAAGUAUUAUUAUCAAUGUGGUCAACACUCCUCCUAUUUCUGUUAAUGAUACCAUUACAUGUACAAAGAAUAAUGAAGUAGUUGUUGACGUAAUCUCCAAUGACUAUGAUGUUGAUGGUGAUUCUAUCAAGUUGUCUACCACCGAUUGGGAGCCAAAUAGUUUCAAUGGUGGAGAAGUUUUCAGAACUGAUGACAGGUCAAUAACAUACAAAGCUCCUCAAGGGUUUGUUGGUAUUGAUACUGUAAGAUAUUACAUUACUGAUGGUGAAUCAAUUUCAUAUGGAUUCUUGACUGUCAAUGUUCAAAGUGUAAAGCCGAUUGCGGUGAAUGAUGUAUUCUUUGUUCCAAAGGGACUCAAGACGUUCUUGAAUGUAUUGAACAAUGACUACAGUCCAAGUAAGGAUGAAAUUUUGUUAUCCUUUGCUACCAUUAGAAGUGUUGAAGAAUCCAAUGUAGUACGUAGUCUCAGAAAUAACGUCUAUGGUUACGAAUACUCUGCCUCAGAUGUGGAAUAUGUCGAUACAUUCAAUUACAAGGUUGUUGAUGUUUUUGGAUUGACUUCCGACUCUGCAGUAGUAACUGUUAAGGUUGUAAACACUCCUCCAAAAGCUGUUGAUGAUGUCAUUUCAGUUUCUUGGAAUAGAGAUGCUGUUUUGAAUGUUCUCGAAAAUGACUAUGAUGAAAAUCCAAGUGAUAAUCAAUUACUUGUUGUUAAGAGAACUAUUCACGGAGAAAAUCAAACAGUUCCUACUCCAGUCAUCUUUGAAUCAGGAAAGAAGUUACUCCUUUCCCCACCAAAUGGCUUCACUGGUACUUUUGAAUUUUUCUAUGUUAUUUCUGAUACUUUUGAUGAAUCUAAUGUGGCUAAAGUUACCGUUUCUAUUGUAAAUCACCAACCAAUUGCUAAUGAUGAUCAUGUUAGUGUUCAUUGGAGAGAUGGAAUUUCUGUUAUUAAUGUUUUGCAAAAUGAUAGUGAUGAAGAUGGUGAUAUCCUAUUAAUCAAGUCUUUCACUCAACCAUCCAAAGGAUUUGUGGUCAAGAAAGCACUCCCUGAUGGAACUGAAGUAUUUGAGUACUCUAUUCUUGCUUCUGUAAAAUUUGUCGGUAUUGAUAGUUUCCAAUAUGAAAUUACAGAUAAUGGCAAGUCCUCAACAGCCACAGUCUAUGUCAAUGUUACCAACUUUUCUCCUGUAGCUAAUGAAGAUUCCUACAAUGUACAUUGGAACGCAGAGCAACAAGAGUAUGAGAUUCUCUCUAAUGACUUUGAUGGCGAUUCUGAUCCAUUGAAAAUUGUUCCAAACUCUCUCAUAAUACCAAGUCAAUUCAGAGGUCAAACUGAAAUCAAUGCUGAUGGAACUGCAAUCAAAUUCAAACCUUCAGUUUCAGGUGUAUUUACUCUCACUUACAGAAUUAGUGACACAGUAAGCCAAUCAUUGGACACUAAAGUUACUUUUAAUGUGACCAACUUGGACAAACCGCUCCUGAGAACAAUCGAAAAGAACAUCCAUUGGACUAUGAACCAACCAAUUUCUAUUCCUAUCACAACUUUCACAAGAGAUUCUGAUGGUGAUUUGCUUGUCAUUUCUUCAGAGUUUGUGAAACAACCAACUAAUGGUAGUAUUGAGAGUGUUAAUUAUGGAGAUGCAAAUACAGUACCAUCUCUUGUUUAUAAGAAGAAUCCAGGUUUCUUUGGUUCUGAUAUCAUUCAAGUUUUAUUGACUGAUGGUUUAGACUCUGCCAUUAUUACUAUCAAAGUCAAUUCUAUCAAUCAAAUUCCUCUUUGUCAAAGCACUAUAAAGGAAUCAGUAUUUUGGAAGGAUUUACCAUACGUUAGAAAUAGUUUACUUAUUGCAGGUGCACUCGAUCAAGAUAGCGAAGAUAUUGUCUAUUUGAAGAGCGUUGCCAACAGCUUUAAUGAUAUUUCUGUUAAUGGUGAUGAAAUAACAUUCUCUCCAUUGAAGGGAUUUGUUGAGGAAAGAAAUGCUCAAUUGAUAUUCUCUGACGGAUUGGACAUUUGUACAAGUAUUUUGAAAAUCAAGGUAAAUGAUUCAAAGCCUCAAGCAACCCCUACUAUCAGUAUGAUUCACUGGUCUAAAUCAUCUUCCCUAAUUGAUGUCUUGUCUACUAUUGUAGACGCUGAUGGUGAUUCAUGUGAUUUCAGUAUCAAGUCACAAUCUGACUACUCAAUUGGAAGUGCCAGUAUUGAAUUGAAUGCAAAUACUAAAUUUGUAAAGUGGACUGUAUCUAAUGAUAAGAACUUAGGAGAAUCCACUUUUGAUAUUGAAUUCACAGAUGGUUAUUUAACAGAUACAGCAACUUAUAGAGUCCAAGUUUACAACAAUAUUCCAAUUGUUCCUCAAAAAACCAUUGAAGUCCAUUGGUCCAAAUAUUUGAAUGAUCAAGAAGAUACCAUCUACAUUGCUGCUUUACUCACAGAACCAAGUUCUGGAAGAGUAGAAAAGAUUUCAACCACAACUGUAAGAUAUUACUUACCUGAAGAUCACUCUGUUUUGGGUGAUUUUACUUUCCGUUACUCAGUCACUGAUGGUACUGAGAUUGCUGAAGCUAAUGUUACUGUAGAUAUUGUAAAUAGAGAUUAUCCAAUAGAUGCCUCUAUUUCAAGAUCUAUCCAUUGGAGAGAAGCUGUUUCUGGACUUGCAAUCAACAUUGUUCCUUCCAAGAAUGAUCAAGAUGGUGAUUUAAUAAUUUUAAAUAUUGUUGAAUCAAACAAUCCUGGCAUAUUUAGCAUUUCCAAUGAUGUUAACUUGCUCGUAAAGAGUGAAGAACCUCUCAAGGGAGACUUUAACGCCUCAGUUUCUAUCUUUGAUGGUAUCUCUGUUGCUAAUGCACAUAUUCAAACCUCAAUUUACAAUCAUGCUCCAACAUCAAGGGAUUUGUAUUUCAACUUCCACUGGAGUACAAUUAGUAGAGGAGUCUAUAUUGAUCUAGUUCAACGAUCAAAUGAUAUUGACUUGCAAGAUAAAUCAAAGUUGAAUAUCAAGCAUGCUCAAGUUAUUGCUGGACCAGAUGCUAAUGCCGUAACCAUUGUAAACAAUACUCUUUACUUCAAGCCAAGCAUUCUUGAAAUUGGCAACACAACAAUUGAGUUUAUUAUUAGUGAUGGAUUUGAAGAUUCUGAUUUACAUACCAUGAUUAUUGAAAGUAGAAGUGUUGUUGCUCAGAAAGCAGAUCAAUACUUUGAUGCUCAUUGGCGUUCGUUUGCUUUUGGUAAUAUCUAUGGUCUCGAUGAAUCAUUCAGUAAUGAAGAAAUGAUUACCUUAUUGGAUGUCAUUCAACUUCCUGAUCAUGGAGGACAAGUAUCCAUUAGUACUAUUAGAAACGUUACUUACUAUCCUAAAGAAAACUUUGUUGGUACUGAAGUUUUUGCUGUUUCCUACACAACAGGCAUUACCUCAUCAAAUAUUACUGUUCAUGUUAAUGUCUAUAACAAUAAUCCACAAGGUGCUCCAAAAGAUUAUGAAACUCACUGGAGAAAUCCUGUUUUGAUGAAUAUUCUUAAUGGUGCCUUUGAUGAAGAUGAAUACGAUAGAUUCUACUUGUUCCCAGAGUUGCUUGAAGAGUCAACAACAGGAACUUUGUCACAAAUUGCUCCUGAUGGUUCUGUAACCUUUACUCCAAAUGUUACUUCUGGUUUUAUUGGAACAACUACCUUCUAUUACAGAAUCAAUGAUGGAAAUAAGGUCUCUUUACCAACUCCUGUAACAAUUACCAUCAAUAACAAUCCACCAACAUCACACACUAAAGUAUUGAAUAUAAUGUGGAAGAAUUUCCUUGAUGGUGUUGAUUUUGACAUUAUUUCAACAAAUCCAACAGACACUGAUUCUGACUCUUUAGAUAUUCCAUUCUUAUUUGUAAAGAGUUUCAAUCAACCAUUGCCUUUUGGAGAAGUUUCUCGUUUAUCUUCAUCCAGAGUCAAGGUUCAAGGUAAUGGCGAUAAUGUAAUCUUGAAGGCUGUCAUUCACCAAGCAGCUAAGGGAACUGUAUCAAUCAUUGAUUCCAAGACAAUCAAAUAUCAAAGCUCAUUUUCUUUCAAGGGUAGUGAUUCUUUCACUUUACAAUUAUCAGACGGAUACAACCUUGUUACUGUUGAUUUGGAAAUUGAUGUUACUAACAAUUUACCAACCUUGAGUGAUAUUUCUAUCCAAACUCUUCACAGAUUAUCUGGAAAUGUAAUUAUUCCAUUGAUUAACAGAACCGAUUCGUUGAAACCAAAAGAUUUGGAUAUUCUCGACAAUGACAAGCUUACCAUUUCUGCUUUCACUCAACCAGGUAUUGGAAGUGUUGUUUUUUCUGAUGCUACACAACUUUCAUUCACCUUCUCCAAUGUUUUGGGUGGUUCAAUUGCUCUUGAUAUUUUGAAGGAAUCUAAUGCUUUAGAUGCUGAUGGCGACAAUUUGUUCGUAAAGAGCUUUACUCAACCAAGUGUUGGUUCUGUAUCUUCCUUGAAUACUUCUCAUGUCACAUUUAGUCCUGUUGCAUUUAAGGCAUUUACAACAAGCUUCAAGUUUACUGUUUCAGAUGGUGCUCAACAAGUUGAGAAACAAUUUGACAUUUCUAUUACAAACACCAAUCCAAAGGCAGUUGAUGACAGCUUGAACAAAUUGUGGAGCAACAAGGUGUUCACUUUCUCUCCAUUGGUUAAUGAUUAUGAUGAUAAUAAUGAUCAAAUCACUAUCGUCCCAGAGUUGACUGAAAAAGUUUCAAGAUUGCGAUCAGCCUCAAUUACUGUAAACAGUGACUUGAAAACUAUUACCUAUUCUGAUACAGGUUCACUCACUACAGGAUCUGAUUCCUUCUCCUAUACUAUAACAGAUGGUGUAGCAACAAGUUCUGCUAUUGUUUCUAUCACUUUUACUAAUACCGAACCUUCAGUUGAAUCAUUUGAAGUUUCUGUCAAGUGGGAUCAAUCUAUUACUUUUGAUAAUCUCCUUGGUAGAUGUAAAGAUCUUGAUGGUGAUGCAUUGUCAUUUGCUGGUAUUACUCAAGGGAUGUUAGGAACUACUCAAUUGAUUGACUCUCAAAUCGGAACUUCUAAAUAUACACCAAAUCGUGCCUUGACCUAUACCAACAAACCAUCGACUGGUAAUUGGACAGUUGUUGAUACUAUCCAAUACUCAUGCACAGAUAGUGUUGUUCAAAAGGCAGGUACCAUUUCAAUCACAAUUUACAAUGAACCACCAAAAGGAAACGAUAUUUCCAUCUCUCAAGUUAGAAAUUACAAUAAUCCUCAAAUUUCAAUUGAUGGAUAUUCAAUUUUAUCUCAAUCUAGUGAUUCCAAUGGAGAUUCUAUUACAAUUACCAAAGUCAAACUCUAUGAUAACCAAAAUAUUGAAACUUCUGUUGUUUUACAAGCUGACAGUUCCAUCAAAUUCAAAUAUGGCAAGUCUUUCAUUGGAAUUCAAAAAUUCUACUAUACUAUUUCAGAUGGACAACUUGAAAACACAUACACAUAUUCUGUUGAAAUAUUGGGAAGCCCAUCUUUGUGCGUCGAUUAUACCAUUUCUACAUUCAAAGACGCUUUGUCAACAGCAUUCGGAUCUGACUUGAAUUCCAAGUUGAAUUUGGCAUUUGAUGGCGAGCCAAUCUCUGUAACAGUUUCUGGAACCUCAACCUUGAGCUCUGUUGGUACUAUUAGCACUGUUGAUAAUACCCUCACAUAUACUCCAAAUAAGAGAAGAUCCUGUAUUAACAAUGCUUGUUAUGCCACCUACACAGCAAUCAAUGCUGCUGGUCAAUCAGCCACUUGUAAGAUUAUUGUCAAUCAAUCUAACCAAGCUCCAAAUAAUCCAAGCUAUACCUACAAGUAUUCUGCCAGAAGAGAUGGAAACAACUUGAUGAUCUUUGAUUAUCUUGUUGAUGCAGCUGUAACCGAUCCUGAUAGUACAGACAGCGUUUCUAUUCAAUCAAUCUCAAGUCUUGGAUCAUGUUCUGAUAAGGCCACUAUUUCUGUUAGUAAUGGAAAGAUUUCAUUCACUAGACAAGCCACCUUCCUUGCUUCCACUUGUACAUUCAACAUUAAAUUACAAGAUGAUGAUGAAUUAACACCUGCUACAAGCAUUGCCUCUAUUACAGUUAAUCCAACUAUUUCUCCACCGUUGGCAGUUUCUGAUAACAUUAUGGCCACUUUCAAUUCCAACAGAGAUAUUGAUGUUUCUGUUUUGCUUCAAAAUGAUAUUGAUUUAUUGGGAGGUAGCUUUACAUUUGAUGGUUUAUUCUGCCCAGACGCAACUUACUGCAAGAAUGGUCUUCCAACCUUGUUGAAUGCCAACACUGUUAGAAUUCCUUUCAAGACUGGAAGUUGUGAAGCUGAAAAGGUUCAAUACAGAAUCAAGUCAACCCAAGAUGGAUCUGUAUCAUAUGCCAAUAUUAUUAUCAGAUAUGCUGGUUGUGUUUGCGAAAAUAUUUUCGACGUUGUUUUCAUUGUUGAUGGUUCUUAUUCUAUUUCAGAUGCCAAUUGGGUCAGUUUGAAAUCAUUCUUCUCCAAUAUUACCCAAAGCUUGAACGUUGGUCCUUCUGCAACUAGAAUUGGUAUUGUUCAAUACAGUUCUGAUGCAACUGUUGAAUUAGAUCUGAAUAGUGGAACUUCGUCUAAUGCUAUUGUCAAUCGUAUUAGUAAUAUUGCUCAAAAGAAAUCAGCAACUGCUUCAAUUUAUGGUAUUGAUAAGGCUGUUGAAUUGAUGGUCUCUCAAGGAAGAAGUGAUGUUCCAAACAAGCUCUUUAUUCACGUAACUGAUGGUCAAAGUAAUAUGCCUUGCUCAUGUGGUGAAUGUAAGAAUUAUUAUGGAACAUUUGAAGGAUGUAACUCUGUCUUAUAUCCUGGUAAAUCGUGUGACUAUUGCUCAUGGAAUGAUCCUCAAAGUCGUUGUGCACCUUGUUCAGAUUACACAGAAAAAUGUCAAAGAAUUAACAAGUGGAGAAGUGGUAAUAAUGAUAAUCCUGAACCAUCUAAGAAUUGGAAUUAUAGAAUGAUGGCUAUUGGUAUUGGAUCUGGUGUCAAUAAUCCGUACGGUCUAGUUCAAUUAGAAAAAUCAAACUAUGACCCAUCCCUCUUCCAUUUAUUCGAUUGGAAUGAUUUGAAUUAUAAGAUGAUUGUUGAUGAAUCAUGUGCUGCUUCUUAUAACAUUUAUGGUGAAACUGCUCUCCAAAAUACUACUUACGCUGAUUCUCAAAUUACAGUUCAAUAUUCUGGUAGAAGUGUUGUCAAUCAAUCAAAUAUUGCUAGUACAACAUUUACCUAUGUCUUGACAGCACCAACAAGCACAAAGCAAAAGAGUAUCAAGAAAUUCGUACUUUCCAAUUCAAUUUCUGAUCCAGAAUCAUAUGUUUCAUACAACCCAACAUUCCCUGUAUUUGUUGGAACUGAAUCCUUGACAAGCUUAUUUGGAUUUGUGUGGGACUCUGUUCCUUCCUCAUCACUUGUUCCAAUGGGAUCAUCUAAAACUGUUACCAUUACUGUAUGCGGUGAUGUUCCUGAAAGUAUGGUUUCUUUUGGUGUUGUUAGUGAAUCCUUCAUUACCUAUUCAACAAUUAAGGGACCAGCUACUUCACUCUGUGUUGAUAAGCCAGUUAUUGAUCCUAAUACUCAAUGUUUUGCUAAAUCUGGAGCUUCAUCAUGUAGUGGACAUGGUUUGUGUGUUCAACCUGAUCUAUGUCAAUGUAAUUCUGGAUACACUGGAACUGAGUGUGAAACUCCUAUUUGUUUCGAUUUGACUGGUAACUUUGCAUGCUCUGGUACUUCUAAGGGUACUUGUACUGGACCUAAUACUUGCCAAUGUCAAACUGGUUGGACUGGUACUGAUUGUUCUAUUCCAAUUUGUUAUGGUCUUGCAGCAAAUAAUGCUGGUUCUUGUAGUGGUUCCUCAAAAGGUACAUGUAUUUCUAAAGACACAUGUCAAUGCCAAACUGGAUGGACUGGAUCUGACUGUUCAGUUCCUAUUUGUUAUUCACAGACUGGAUCAUCUGCCUGCUCAGGACCAUCUCAAGGAAGUUGCAUUUCUAAAGAUACUUGCCAAUGUCAAACUGGUUGGACUGGACCUGAAUGCUCAAUUCCAAUCUGUUAUGGAUUAGCAGCAAAUAAUGCUGGUUCUUGUAGUGGUUCAUCAAAGGGUACUUGUAUUUCUAAGGAUACAUGCCAAUGUCAAGAUGGUUGGACAGGAUCAGAUUGCUCAAUUCCUAUUUGCUUUGGUCGUCCACAAACUGAUACAUUAUCUUGCUCUGGUUCCUCCAAGGGUACUUGUGUUUCAAAGAGCAGUUGUUCAUGUCAAACUGGUUGGACAGGUUUCGAUUGUUCCAUUCCAAUUUGUUAUGGUGUGAAUAGUACAUCUACAUCUGUUUGUGGUGGCUCCUCAAGAGGUUCCUGUACAUCUAAGGAUACCUGUCAAUGCCAAACUGGAUGGACUGGUUCUGAUUGUACCGCUCCUGUCUGUUAUGGAGCUUCUGGCAGUAGUGCUUGUGGUGGAUCCACUAAGGGAACAUGUACUGCACCUAAUUCUUGCUCCUGUAAGACUGGUUGGACUGGUUCUGAUUGUACAACUCCAAUUUGUUUCUCAAAUACUGGAACAUCUGCUUGUGGUGGUUCCUCUAAGGGAACAUGUACUGGUCCAGACACAUGCCAAUGCCAAACUGGUUGGACAGGAUCAGAUUGCACAACCCCAAUUUGUUAUUCACAAACAGGAUCUUCAGCUUGUGGUGGUUCAACUAAAGGUACUUGUACAGCUCCAAAUACUUGUUCAUGUCAAUCAGGAUGGUCUGGAAGUGACUGUACAACUCCUGUAUGUCCAGGAAAUUGUAAUGGUAGAGGUUCAUGUUCUGCACCAAAUUCAUGCAGUUGUAAUAGUGGAUGGACUGGUUCUGAUUGUUCCAUUCCUAUCUGUUAUUCACAAACAGGAUCUUCAGCUUGUGGUGGUUCAACUAAGGGUACUUGUACAGCUCCAAACUCUUGCUCCUGUAAUUCUGGUUGGUCUGGUUCUGAUUGUACAACUCCAAUUUGUUCAGGUGGUUGUGGUAAUGGCGUUUGUAGUUCACCUGGUUCUUGUUCCUGUAAUUCUGGUUGGAGUGGUGCCACUUGUUGGAGUGGUGCUACUUGUACAACUCCUGUUUGCUCUGGUGGUUGUGGUAAUGGUUAUUGUAGCUCACCAGGAUCCUGCUCAUGUAAUUCUGGAUGGUCUGGUGCCUCUUGUACUACUCCUGUGUGUUCAGGUGGUUGUGGAAAUGGUUAUUGUAGCUCACCAGGUACUUGUUCCUGUAAUUCUGGAUGGUCUGGCACAACAUGUUCAACACCUGUCUGCUCUGGUGGCUGUGGUAAUGGUUUUUGCAGUGCUCCUGGAAAAUGUACUUGUAAUUCUGGAUGGUCUGGCACAACUUGCACAACUCCAGUUUGUUCAAGUGGUUGUGGUAAUGGCGUUUGUAGUUCACCUGGUUCUUGUUCCUGUAAUUCAGGUUGGAGUGGUGCUACUUGUACAACUCCUGUUUGUUCAACAUGUAAUGGUAGAGGUUCAUGUGUUGGUCCAGAAAGUUGUUCAUGUAACAGUGGAUGGUCUGGAAAUCUCUGUCAAACACCUGUCUGCUCAACCUGCAAUGGACGUGGUACUUGUGUUGGUCCAGAAAGCUGUUCUUGCAGUAGUGGAUGGACUGGAAACUUGUGUCAAACACCUUCAUGCACCAAUAAUUGUAAUGGACACGGAACCUGCACUGGGCCAAAUACCUGUUCCUGUAAUUCUGGUUGGAGUGGAGCUGCCUGUGAAACUUGUAGUAAUUGUUGUUAUGGUAUUCCAGCUUCUGAUCCAAGUGUUUGUUCCUGGGGUCAAGGUAGAUGUGUGAGUGGUGCUUGUGUCUGUAUUGGUCCUUACUAUUGUGGUGCACAAUGUCAACAAUGUGGUUGUAACAAAUAUAUGUGUCCUUAA